AUGAUGAACUUUCUGCGGCGCAGGCUCUCGGACAGCAGCUUUAUCGCCAACCUGCCCAAUGGGUACAUGACCGACCUGCAGCGGCCGGAGCCCCAACAGCCUCCCCCUCCGGCGGUUCCGCCUGCCUCUUCGGCAUCUCCUUCGUCCUCUUCCCCGGCCUCGGAGCGCAAGCCGCCGCAGCCGGCGGCACCUCCGCCUCAGCCGUCGCAGCCGCUGCCGCCGCCGCCGCAGCAGCAGCAGUCGGUGGGCAGCAGCUUCUUCAGCUCCCUCUCCAACGCCGUGAAGCAGACGGCAGCCUCGGCGGGCUUGGUGGACGCCUCCUCGUCUUCCACAGCGGCAGCCAAAAAGUUCAAGCUGCUCCUGGUCAUCGACGAGCCUCAGACGGACUGGACCAAAUGUUUUCGUGGGAAAAAAGUCCAUGGAGAAUACGACAUCAAAGUCGAGCAGGCACAAUUUUCAGAGGUCAGUUUGAUAGCUCAUGCUGAUGGGAAUUAUUCUGUAAAUGUGCAAGCUUUUCGAAAUGGCACUAAAGUUGUCAAGUCAUUCAAGCCUGACUUCGUUCUUGUCCGGCAACAUUCAUUCAGCAUGGCCGAAAAUGAAGAUUUUCGCAAUUUAAUUAUUGGAAUGCAUUAUGCAAGCAUCCCAAGUGUUAACUCUCUAGAGUCAAUCUACAACUUCUGUGACAAGCCCUGGGUAUUUGCCCAAUUGGUGUCCAUCUAUAGAUCCCUGGGAGCAGAGAAAUUUCCUCUGAUUGAGCAAACCUUUUAUCCAAAUCACAAAGAAAUGAUUGCAAAUCAUUCCUAUGUAUUCAAAAAAUCUUCAGCUUUUUCAAGUAUUAACAAGGAACCCAGUGAGUCCCUUGUAAAAUUUUACCUAAUUCUUGUUGAGAUCCAAAGAAGCCAAAUUGUUCCUGAUCCUUUUUAUACCAUAUUUGAAUUUGGAGAUAUG